AUGGAGUUAUUCUGUUUUUCCUUUGUUUUGUGUGCAAAAUGUAGGUGUGAGCACUGUAAAAAUUUCAUGCCAACAUGGAAUUUGUUAGCUGACCACUAUGGAAAAAUUCCACAUAACGAGCUCGUAACAAUAGCUAAGGUACAGUGUACUUGAAGUUAAAUACAGAACCUUUUGGUGACUACUGUAAAACUUGGAAAACUCUGAAUACCACAAACAUUUCUGGAAUGUUAUUGUGUUGCGAGGAAAAAGUCAAUCAAGGGUAAGAAAACCAAACGUCAAACAGCAACCUUAAUUUAGUUUGUGGUUUUGUGGCUUGUGUGCAUGUUCUGAUCUUUGUUGUGAUUGGUCAAAACACAAUCAUUUCUGAAAUAUUUCAGCGUGUAACAGAAAUCAUUUAAAAGUCCUGGUAUUAAGUUGCUCUUAGUAUUUAAACAGAACUGCCAGCUCCUAGUUGUAUAAUUUUGUGGUUCAAUUUUAUCCUUGGCUCGAAUUCUAAUUAAGUUAGGUUUUGGGUAUGGUAAUCUAUUAAUAAUUAACAAUUUAUUACUUCAAAAAAGAGGACAAAGUAUUUAUUUUAUUUGCAUGUAGACAUUAAACCACACCAUAUACAUCAGUGAUUGUAUUGAAAUCCGUUGGUACAUUUUUUCCUCAGGUGGAUUGUACAAAAGAGACUCCUCUCUGUGCAAAACAAAAUAUUCGAGCAUAUCCAACGUAAGUUGUAAGCGAUACUUAAUAUAACUCUACAUAAGGCUCUGCUAGACAAACAGGGGCACCCAACGUCAAUUUUCGGAAAAUAUCUGUUUGGAAGACGAUUUGAGAUCUAGAAUCUUCGGAACAUUUGUUGCAAAAUUUGUUGCUUAACUGCCUCUCCUUGGAUUUUCAAACAUCUAAAAAAUGGUAUAAUUGCCUAUUUUUAACGAAUUUUUACCCUAAAAAGGUCACCUAGAAUUUUCGGGAGCCUUUUUUCUGGCUGAAAUUUUCGAAAAGGUAAGUUCUGAUCCCUAUAAUUUUCGAAUCACUAGACUUUCAGCUAGGAAAUCCAAACAGAUAAAAAAUUUUUUGGGGAUAAAAAUAUGCCUAUAUCUACCGUUUAAAUACUAAAAUACGUUCAACAAUGCUAUGUUUAAGUGGUUUUGAACUAUAUUCUUGUUGGGUGCCCCUGGACAAAUAUAUACAAAAUGUUAAAGCUUGUGUUAGCCCUUUCAAGGACAACCCUAGGCUGGCCCAUAUAUAAUGUAAAAAGUGUUUGAGUAUUAUUGGCUGUUUUGUUUCUUUUCAAAGGUUAAAGCUGUAUUAUGAUCAAGGUGAAAUCAAGAGAUAUAAUGGCAAAAGACGUAUGAAUGAUCUUAAAGCCUUUGUUGACAAAUUUGCCGGGACAUCUGAGGUAAACUGUGCAUAUCCGUACUCAUACAAUUGCAGGGGCAGAUCCAGGAGUUUUUGAUGAGGGGAAAUGAUACCAAUUGGACAUCAAACUAUACGUUAAUUUAUUUUAAGUUGUCUUACGUUUUUCCUAAAACAAUGGUGAUUUGGGAAGGACGAAGGCUGUUUGACUUCACAAGGUUUUUGCGACCCACGUAUUUCUUUAUUUGUUGGGGCCCGACAUAUUUCAGUUUGCUUUUCCCUGUUUUAAAGGGGGGUUGCUAGCCACCCAAUCCACCUCCCCUGGAUCUGCUCCUGAAUUGUAUAGGUAGAUAUCCUCUUGCCCUGGAGAAACGGCUUGGGUUUCUCUUAGAAUGAUGUAUCUGAUUAUGGUCCUUUUUAUCUACAUCUGUGACAGAAGGAGAGUGAGUCCGGAGACACAGCUGAAGCAGACAAUGGCCUGUACACACUGACCUCGGAGAACUUUGACAAACAUGUUGAAAUUGGACUGCAUUUUAUAAAGUUCUAUGCACCAUGGUUUGUAGAGUCAAGAAUAAAGAAUACUUUAGCUUUGCUUUCCUCCUUUCUUUGUUCUCUUUUUGCAUCAGUUCAGUGUUUUUUUUUUUGCAACUGUCUUUUUUUUAUCAGGUGUAGCCACUGUCGCAAGCUUGCACCCACAUGGAAGGCAUUGGCUGAGUAUCACAAAGACAAUAUGGACAUCACAAUUGCUAAGGUGCAGUAAAAUAUCGCCGUUAUGUUUAUUUAUUUAUUUUAUUUAUAUGUUACAAUUCACAAAGGUUUCCCAUCACUAUGCAUGUGCCAAAAAAAAAAUAAUGAUAAUAAUAAAAAAAAAUAAAAUGAUGUAUAAAAUCAGUGAGGGAGAUUAAAGACAUUAGUGACAGCCCACAGUAAUUGCUUCGUGUGCGUUUCACGAUACUCGACUGGAAAAGACUGGAAACCAAUUUACCUAGAAGUAAAGGGAAAAUAAACCAAGAAAGCAGAUGGCAAAAGCGAGCUUUAUACCAAAAAAAACAUGAGGUGACCGGUCACUGAUAGCCAGGGGCCAAAGAUACUCCGCUAUUAUAAGCCUGAUUCCAGGGUACUUUUAUAGGAAAAAGCACCAAAAAACUUUCAAGCAGUUCCAUUCUCCGCCUUCUAAUCCCUGUGUUGUAAUGGAACACUUUACCUUCCUUUUUAUUAGAUCAGCCUUCCGUGGACGCAUUUAAAUCUGCUGGCCAAUAGUAACGGGCGCAGACAUUGAAAUGAACCAGUCAAAUUUCAAAAUAGCCCGCGCCAAGCACGGAAAAACGCUUAUCAACAAGUUAUGUUUUUUUUUAAUGAAUUCUGAUUGGCUGAGAAAGGGGCGUAGGAGUUUAUUUAGCCAAUCAAAAACGCGUAGCAACUUGAACUGUGCACCCGUUUAACCGCUGUACGUUUUUUUUUUAAAUCUAUUUUUUUCUUGUAUUCUUCUUUCUUACAGAUUGAUUGCACAACUGAAGGGAAAAAGUGCACAGAGCAUAAGAUUCAUGCGUUUCCUUCACUUAAACUGUUUAAAGAUGGCAGAGAGGUUUGUAGUUGCGUGUCAGUUUUAAAACUACGCGUGCUCUAGUCUAUAGCUUUCUGUCAAAAAGAGCGAUCUUUUCAUUCGCUCUGACGAAAGGCUAGUGGUCGAACCUAAGCUUUCAUUUUUAUGCUAUCGGUUCACCUGAAUGCUCCAUUUUUUGCACUAAAAUGCUCGAUCUCCCCUAAAAAGUUCCAUAGGGCUCGGAUAAUGCUCGUCAUAAAGACGUUAGACUGCAAGUAGUCUCUCUUUUUCUUCAGGUUUAGUGAGAGCAAUGCACGCGCGCGGGAGCGGCGAAGCCGUGAGACGCGCGAAAUGAGGGCAGCAGCCCGUGCCUCUCCCGUCUCGCGUCAUCAGUCACGCGCGUGGCCAUUUGCGUGUCUCGCGUUUUGCUCGACGGACGACAGAAAAAAGAGAGACUACUCGUAGUCUAUAAGGACAUUAGAUGUAAGGUCUGUAAAGUACAAGCGCGGUAUUUUUGUUUUAGGUGGACAGCUAUGAAGGAUCGCGUUCGCUUGACGACCUUAAGAACUACUUGACUCUGAAGAUCUCUGAACACAGCCUGUUAAGCAGUGCAACGACGGAGAAUAGCGAAACAGCUGAGGAGACACCUUCUGAUGAACUAGACUUGCAGGUAUACAUGCAGACGUGUCUAAGACUAUGUUCACACUGUAAUCGAUACUCUUGCGCCAGCACGAAAACCGUACCGGAUAGUGUUUCUGUUCACACAAAAGAGUGGUGAUUUCGGCGCGAUUUCUCUUACGGAACGAAGCUGCGCCGCGCCGAUCUCAAAAGUGGAGCGUCACGUAUUGGAUAAGUUGUUUGCCACACUUUGGUGCUGUGUGAAAAGGUACUCGGACAUUGCCGAAGUAGGAGCGAGAACUGGAAUCCACUGAGACGGAAGUAAAUAUUCAGGUUGAAGAUUUGGAUCUAGGACACCAAAUCCUCACGGCCAACUGCUCCGGCUUAACCCUUUAAACCCUGAGAGUGAUCUCCUUGUAAUAUCAAUGCUUUGUAAAACAGAGUGGUCAUGAGAAUUACGGACAUGACCAUACAAGAUGAAUCUGAUUGAUAUUUUAUCAACUUCUCCCCACUACUUCUAUGGUAAAUGAAUAGGGGCGACAAAUGAGAAUUUAAUUUUGAUCUUAGGGUUUAAAGGGUUAAAUGCGAUGUAUUUGAACGACCUAUUCCAGUUCCGGGCUGUUUCUGAGUGUUAGUUGCGGUAUGGUGUGGACAUAGCCUAACUUAAAAAGUUUUAUAAUUUCAAUCAUUAAUAGCCUUACCAUUUAAGAAAGUCUUUCGCUCAUUAUGCUCUGAGUUUAUAGCGGAGAAAAUGAAUAUCUUAGCCUCCGUUGGGAUUCGAUUCGAACACCUCCCAUAUUCCGGUCGGUCCCUCGAAUCACUGAGCCUACUACAGGAUCAUAGAAAGUUAAGCUGUGUACCUUUUUCAUGUAUGACGCAUGUCCUGUGACACUCUGUAUGCUGUUAGGAUCAUCUGUGUCGAAUACGUCCUUUAUGCUCCGUGAAUAAGCGACAAAAGUAAAAUGUUCAUUAAGUUCAUCAUGUUUCAUUUCAGAUCAAACCAUUUCAGCUCACCGACAGUAAUUUUGAUGCCAUGAUCAGUUUUGGUACAACAUUUGUCAAGUUUUACGCCCCUUGGUAAGUCUGUUUUACUAGUGGUAACCCUGUUUUGCUUGUCUCUUGGUAAACUUGUUUUGCUUGCUGCUUCCUUUUAAGCACGUCCCCAAUCUUUAAAUCCAAUUUAAAAUAUUCUUAACUUUCUCUUUUACGGAAGAAUUUCUACUACUUUUAUUGUAAAGCGAAAUGCUUACAACGUCACCCAUUGUUGUUGUUGUUGUCAUGGUUACAGGUGCCGACACUGCCGAGAACUUGCACCUGUUUGGGACCAGCUUGCUAACAAAUGCGCAGAUAGUUCGUCUGGACCAGGAAUUGCUAAGGUUUGUAAUUAAUUGUUAGAACGGGGUUUAAGAAGAGUAUAAAGGCUGGUAGCUGUACAAAAGGAAUCUUAACUCGCGCUCAGGGCACAUGAAAACGGAGAGUUUUUCUUCAGUUUGAUCUACUGUCCACACGUCACCGGUGAAAACCACAUCGGAAACGCAUCUUUGUACAAAUGCUAUCUCCAGAGGGAAGAUUUUUGACAGCGCCGUAAUAGGGAGCUUUGUCAACGACGACGGCGACGGUAGCGAAAACGUCACUAUUUCACAGACUUAAGUGUUGGUCGCGAUUUUUUCGACUGGUGUAAAAUCUCAGUCGAAUGUAGGUGAAUUUCCCUGGAAUUGAAUUCUUGGGGACCGCCACCGAGUUUAGAGGGAGAAAGAGAAAUUUGUAGUCUAGUCGGUGUUUACGUCCGCCACGAAACGUCACUUGAGGGAAUUUCACGUCGCUGUCGUGCAGUGACGGCAAAGAAAUGUACAAAAAAGUGUGCUGCACGUGCAGAGUUGUUGUUUUUCUAAUAUAAACCUAUUUUUUUUUGCCGUUCUCGUUGCCGUCGCCGGCUUUUGAGAAAAAUAACGUCACGGACAGAGAGACCAUUAUAUGGGCAUGCACCGAUAAGGUGGUAUUGUUGUCAGUAACUAUGGCGUUUUCGUGUGGACGGGCAAAAGCGAUUCAAAAACGCAACGUGUAGACGUCGAUUUUUUUUUUUUUUGAAAACUGAGAAAAAAUUUCUGUUUUCAAGCAAAAACUGAUAUGUCUGAGCAGGGCCUCAAAUUCAUGUUGAAUCAUAAAUCAUAUGCUCACAUUAGAAACGUCAAAAAGUCAGCUUUUGAAUAUCUCUUACCUGUGCCAGGCUCUUAGAUAGUAGGGAGGUCGCUUAGGUGGCAGGAUUUGCUUGGGAGUGCUGUUGUUUUUUGGUGGUGGAGCCGUGAGAAGUUUGGGGGAAAAGCCGAGAAAGUACUCCGCACAUAACGAUCCGGUCAGUUAUGCACCUAUCAAUGUAAAUCCCGUGAGGGGGGAGUGCGGGCAAGGGGCGGGGAUUUGAUGCCUGAGAAUAUCCCCCCGUCGGGCUUUUGACCUUGCGAAGCGACCCCGGGGUCGGUACAUUUGACUUUGACCGACAGAAGCCUGGUAUCAAUUCAGAAGCGGUUACCAAGUCCGUCCCUCGAGGCUUUCUGAAAGUCACGCUGUUGGAGAAAGGUAUGAAGUUAAUAAUGUCUAUUUUGAGAAAGGUUUUUUCUUCAAGUUCCCAUCUGAUUGUAAAACUCGAUUGAAAUCGAAUUCCACCAUGAAAGUCAGAGGAUGUUUUACGGGUCACUGAUUCGACCUGUUCCGACAUGUUGAGCAGAUGUUAUAAAGCAUUUUACGUUUUAUCAAUAUUAUAAUAGCACAGUCAAUCUUCCUGGAGUGAUUUUGUUGUUCAAAAUACGAGAUGCUAGUGGAGAGAGAAAAUACUUAAUUACAGCGAGUAAUUUAACGAAGCUUACGUUAACCAUAAAUAAAAGUAGUAAGAACGUACUUUUGAAAUAUUCUUUUAAUUUGUUUUAUAUAGUGUUAUAGUAUUUUUUGUUUAGAUUUUUUCCCCUGGGGUGGGGGCUUUUUUGACACUUUUGAUCAACCUUUCGUUUCCCACCCUGGGGAAUUUGAUCAAAAAAUUUCAACAUUUGUCAAAUCCCCACCCCUUGCCCGCACUCCCCCCUCACGGGGUUUACAUUGAUAGGUGCAUUACGCAGGCUAAGGUCGAGCGAAAAUAGAUCGCGCGUGAUCUGGGGAAGGAGAGUGGUGUUUUGUCUUCCCCGCGCGUUUUUCGCUUCAGUUUUCACCAUCUCUGCACGCUACUGUCUUGGGGCCUGGAACAGGCCAGAUUCUCUCAUGACAGAAAAUUUACUCCAUCAGCUCAGUUGAUAAAACCGUAUUUAGUAAUUGUUCCUCAAUCUCGAUGUUCAUGUGAAAAGGAGCGUAAAAACAAGCUUGUUUACACUGAAAAUGGCAAGCGACAGAUAAGAUACGUAAUUAACAGCGGGUUCUCAAAGAACGAUCACAUAGUCUGAAAUGUUAUCCGCGUCUUCGCUCCACCCCUCAGCUGGUCUCUCUCACCUUGCCGCCCCUUGAGGGUGGGGCGAAGUGACAGAUGACAUUUCAGACUAACGAUCAUACAACGCGGGAAGUAAUCGAGCGUUUUCACAUGACGUCAUUGCUGCCGUAUCGGUGUUCCAAAACAACGAAACGGCGGCCAUGUUGGUGUUCCAAACAAAUUCUGUGGGAGUUGGACUCUUUUCUUUUCUUUCAUAGAUGCUGAUCACGUGAGAGAAAACGCUCUAUAAAUGCGGUGGUCAUAUCAUCAUCACUUCUGCUUGCCAUAAACGUGAUGCUUAAAACUUAAAAUUUAACAGAAAUAAAUACCCUUAUUCUGACUACACUAUCACGAAACAUUCAAUGUGAAAUAGUUUAUUGAGGAAUGGUCAGUCAGUCAUCCGACAACAACAAUGUGUCGUAACAUAUACUUAUUACAACAUAGAAUAUGCUAGCAAGUCUAACUUGAAAAGCUUGAAAAAUUAAGUGUACCACGCCAGAUACGAAAAACCACUAAAAAACCACUCUUUAGAUGUGGCCAAAAAAUAUGUGGAAACGUAUUCCCCAUCUAAUGCAAUGGCACGGAACCUCGGGGAAGAGGUACAAACAAACGCAUAACUCCAUAGAAAAAAUUUAACUAAAUUGACAACAGCAAACAGAAAGACUGACUGAGUUAGAAUGAUUAAUAUUCCCCGCUAAAACAUUAAAUACUCAAAACUCUCCCCUGAGAAUACUAAAACCUCUCAAUCGUGCCAUCAGAAUAGCAAUUUCUGACUAAUUCGUUCCUAGUCACUCAACCGUCAGAAAUUACAUUUUUUGCAGGUUGAUUGCACGACGGAGGAGGAGCUUUGUAGCAGCAUGGGAGUACGUUUCUUUCUUGUUUUUCAGUCAGCUAGGAAUAUUUAUUUCUUCCUCGAGCCCGAAUGGGCUCUGAUUCCGAUAGCCCAUGAGGCCUAAGCCCGAAUGGGCUAUUAACUCAGAGGCCAUGAGGGUGAGAGGAAUAAUUGUUUUAGUAAAAUCCAACUAGUUGGUCAAAAAUAUCGAGAGAAAUAAUUUAGCUAGUUAAAGCUAGACUUUCAUCCUUUUUGCCGCCAAAAAGCCGGCGCUUUUCGCUACUAGGGGGCUAUAACAGAUAGCCUAGUAGUAGCUCAACCAAUCAGAACGCAGCAUUGAUAAUAGACCACUAGUUAGAUUUACUAAACAGUAUUUUACUAAACAGUAUUUAGCGUAAAUACUAAACAGUAUUUAGCGUAAUACUUCGGCGCAAAUCGGCUGAAUUUUUGAAUAGGGCCUGCACCUUUUUUUAAAUCACAAUCAGCCAUUUUUGCAGACUCAGAAGAAGCGUUGCUUAUCGAUUUCCAUUGUCGAGUAAGGCGUAUUAAGUAAAUUUUUGUUGAAAUUUCAAGUGUUGUUAGUACACGUAAGCUAAUGUUAGUGCGCGCGCGUGCGAAACCCUGGCGGGUUUUGCGUAACUUAAUAAAAUGAUGGGCUUCUCAACGGACUUUUAUUCUACUUUUUUCUCUUUCAGAUAAAAGGUUAUCCUACACUGAUUCUGUUUAGCAAAGGAGUUCAGAAGCAAGAAUACAAGGGGCCCAGAGAUUUAGACAGUUUGUAUAACUUUGCUAUGCAGCAUCACGAUGAACUGUAAUUUUUAUGCUUUAUAACCAAUAAGCCUGCGGUUCCUUGGUAAUAAUAAUUUAUAACGCGAAAGUUUCUAUGCAGAUAUAAUCAAAUGCGCGAUUAACCUUUCAUAAAACAGAUCAAGCAUUCAUAUUAUAGUGAAAUCUCAGCAACCAAUCAUAUUCGACACCUAUUGUAAGGACGUUUCGUUUGCGCGGAUUUUCUUGCCUUUCUGUUCUGGUAGGUUUUUGAUGGGAAAUGAUCUUUAGCCAAUGGGAGUUAUCGUAAGCGCGUGUCACAAGUGUUGCGUCGGGUCCUGCCGUAUUUUCGCGUUAUUUUACUUUGACGAAGGUCCAGCCCCUUACCAUUUUAAGUAUCAUUGUAAACUCCUUCAUUCACAUUUUUUUUGUGUGUUAUACAAGCAGUCAGAAUACGCUGGGACAGAUCUGAAUUGCCGUGCAAGAAAGCGCUGUGAGGCGCCGCGCAAAUUAACGAAAACAUUGUCCAAAAUUUUCCAUAAUCGUAUUUAUUGUUCUUAUAGUGAAGUUCUCUGACUAUCCUAAUCAGGUUUUGUCUAUGACGUUAAAAUGUAUAAGAAAAUGGUAAAAUGCAAAGAGAAAUAAGUUAUUUCAAAGAACAUGACCUAUAGUUAUCGUGGUCAUCGUUACCCAAAGAAAGUUACAGCUUCAGUGCUUAAGAAACGUGAUGUUAAACAAAACUGCAGCAUUUCUUUAUGGUUUCAAGUAAACUUUUGUUUUCACCAUGAAUUACGAAGAGUAGAUUGAGCGAUUUCUUUGUUAAUUAGCUCUUAGGUGGAAUUUGGUCCUCCUUUCUAUAGAUCGUUUUCAUAUGACGUCAUGGCGGCCAUUUUGGAAACGUUAAGGUAGCUGGGUCGAGUUAACUUUCGCAAGGACUUCUGGGACUGUUAGUAGGAACAGGGAAAAAAUUGGCCAAUAGCUGACCGGCUAUUGGCCGUCAUGGCGGCCACAAUCGCCACUUAAGAAACGAUAAGGAACCUGGGUCGGGUUCGCAAAGACUUUUGGGACUGUUAAUAGGGACAGGAAAAAUAUUGACCAAAAGCUGACCGGCUCGUCCCCGGUAACCAUCCCACAAACAAUUGUAGGACGCCUUUUGGCUCCGGUUGCAUUUUCGUUUCUUAAGUGGCGAAUUUGUGUGCAAAACUGGACUGUGAAUCGGCGACCAAAACAAAUUCCUUUGUUGCAUAGCCACCGAUCACAUGAAUGAAAACGGUCUUUUAUUUUGCUCUGUAAUUUGGCAGCUUUAUAGUUGAGAAGGCGCAUCAAACGUACAAAGGAGUGUUCCAGGGGGUAGUUUAUUUAAAAAAAUAUAGUAUUUAGUCAAC